CCGGCCGGUGACACGUUGCAAGCCAGUUAAGUAGCAAGAUGCCAUUUUAGUCAAUUUCAGCUCGAAAUCUGCGCCAAUUCAGCGUAGAAAAUGGCUGCUUCUAAAGCCAAUUUAUUUAAUCGAGUGAGCACGGCAGUGUUUUAUGGGAUCUGUUCGUUUCUUAUCGUCGUUAUCAACAAAAAUGUUCUUACAACUUACAAGUUCCCUUCAUUYCAAUUCCUUGGAAUUGGUCAGAUGCUUGCUACUAUUGUAGUACUUUAUGGAGCCAAAAUGGCUGGAUAUAUCAAGUUUCCAAAUUAUAAUAGAUCUAUGUUUUUAAAGGUAAGUCUGUCAUCUCUAAUUAAACAUAAGCAUCAGUAUUUGCAAUAUCGUAUAUGUACAUUCAGCAUGGGAUAGCCAUAUU